CGUCCACACGGCUGUCAGUCAGGCAGUCCACACAGCCGGGCUGGCGGCUCGCAGCCACCGCUAACUAUCCACCUGCGCUGCACCUUUGACAGCACGAAGACAGUGAACACCGUCGCACCUGCAAAAUAUCCUGUUAUCUGAUCGGAAGAGGCGUCACUGAGCUUUGAGACCCAACAAUGACUGCUACUUACACUCGUCCUAGACCAGCUACUGUUAACUUUCUGCCGACCAUAUCAACAAUGGCAUCAAGUUAUAAGGGGCACUAUGCUCUUAAUGGGUACAGGCAGAGUUUAAUGAUGCCUUGGCGACCUAGCACUUACUACAAGAUUGCAAGCAUUGCUCCAAACCUGGGCUCUUUUACUAUGAAUGUCCCUGAACCUGUUGAGGUCAAGAGUGCACAUUCGCCAUCCAACAGAACGGCGAUACUUACUAGAUACACCCCCCAGGAUUGGUACGAAUCCAACCAGUACAAUUACAAGGAAUCGGAGACGUCUAGACAUUUUGCAGACAGGCUCAGGGUUGACACCGCACGCCUGCUUCAGUUCAAGGACAACGUCACCAAGAAAAUACAGUUUGAAAGCAACAAAAACUUAGGAGAACGUGUCAAUGAUAUUAUGUUUUGGAAAUCUGAAUUGGAUCAUGAGGCUGAGCAGAUGAGCGGAGAAACUAAUGCUCUCAUGCACAUCAAGAAACGAUUGGAGCGAGCCCUAAUGGAAACUGAUGGACCUCUACAGAUGGCACAGGAAUGCCUUUACCAGAGAGAGAAAAGACUGGGGAUAGAUCUCGUCCAUGAUGAUGUGGAGAAACAGUUGAUAAAGGAGGUUGAUUGUAUAAAGUCCUGUCAAGGAAGAAUGAGGAGACACCUGGAUUGGGCGAUAGCCCAACUUGGAACAAAUAGAGGAGCUCAGCAUGAGUUGGAGCGGGAUAGCAAUGAUAAAAAUGUAGCGUAUAGAAUUGACGGCAAGUGCCACCAACUCCGAAACACAUCUGAUGGCAUCGGUUACUACAGAGGGGUGGAUCGUAUGGAUGCCACAAUUUCAAUUCCAGAGACCUGGGCCAAGUUCACAGAUAAUAACAUAUUACGGUCACAGAAUGAACGGGUCACUUCUGCUAAAGUCCGGGAUGAUAUAGAAAAUCUCCUUAAUUCAACGUCCAGUGAGAUGUGGAACCAAUUCAAUACGCUGAAUACUUCAUUGACAAACCGAAUCUCCGAGACAAGUGAUGCCAAAAAUAAGUUACAGAUACAUCUUGCUAAGACUCUUCAAACAAUCUUCCAAACUGAACUGACCAUUGAGCAAAUCAAACGAGCAAUCAGAGACAAGGAAGGACCUCUGAAAGUAGCUCAAACCCGUCUUGAUGAGCGUACACGGAGACCAAAUGUGGAGCUCUGCCGUGAUCCAGUACAAAUUCACCUUGUUAAUGAGGUUCGGGAGCUGGACACAACCAUCCAGACCUUGCAGCAGAGGCUAAAGGAUGCAGAAGAUACCUUACAAAUGUUGGUACAAACAAAAUCCGCCUUAGAGUACAACCUCUCCGUGAAAGCAAACUCGCUCUUCAUCGACCAGGAAAAAUGUAUGGGAAUGCGCAAGAAUUUUCCAAGCACUCCGAGACUGAUUGGAUACACAUGAGAUUGAACUGAUACUUGCUUUAGUUCGCAGUGAUUGGAAUUUACUAUACAUCAUCAUGGGUAACAAUGGCUUAAAAUCAUAUUUAGACUGUUUCACUGGUGCUGGGGAAAUAUAUUAGCUCCUUACUGAGUGUAAAGGAAGUGUAGCUCACAGGUGCUGCCGCCACCACUGAGUCAUGAUCUUUUGACAAAGUAAAGAUUAAAACUUAACAUCACCAAACUAAUUUCUUUAAUAUGUCAGGCAGCAUCUCUGGAGAAAACAGAUGGGUGACGUGUCGGGUCGCACACCUCCUUCACACCUUCUUUGGCCUGAGACUAGAAUCUGAAGAAGGAUCCUGACCAGAAAUCCUCACCCAUCCUUUUUCUCCAGAGAUGCCGACAGACCCACUGAAUUACUCCAGCACUUUGUAUCUUUCUUCGGUAUAAACCAGCAUCUGCAAUUCCUUUCUAGAUAUUUUCUUGAUGUAUGCUCUGUACCUCAUUGAUAACUUUAUUUAAUGUCAGUAAAACAUAUUCAUUUGACCUGGAUUAUUUCACACAAUCUACUAAUCAAUUUUCAUUAUUACACCAAGCAAUAAAACAAACAGAUAAACAUCAGUUUAUAAUCGAUAUUUCGUAGUAAUUUUCAGGAGAAUGUUGAUAUAUACUGUACUUGAAAUGGACAGAUUUGAAGUUGGUUUCUUUUUAUCAAUUAAGUGGCCUAUACCUGAUUCUAUCUCAUUGUGAAACUUUAUUUUCAUUAUGCACAGUGAUAAUCAAGACUUUGCUGUGAAAACCAUUUCUCUGUCUAACCCGAUGACUGAUGUAAAUUGUUCGUUGAAGUUCGAAACAAAGCAUAUUGUUGAUUUGAUGAAAAGACAUUAACUCUUUUAAGCUUCUUGCACUUUUUCUUCAUGUUGCAACUGAUGUUAAAAACAAAAUAAAUCAUUUCAAAUGGUUACUGAAAGGUAUGCUUUCUUAUUGCCCGUAGUUCCGUGCUAGCUACAGUAUAUUGAG